CUGUUGUGCCCUUCUCCUUUCUCCUUCUCUGUAACUGAUAAAUGUUUUCUGGGAUCAGUUGAACAAUGUUUUUAUAUGUGCUUUGUGAAUAGUGGAACACUGGUAUUUKUCACGGUAAGAUACCCAGGGCUGAGGGGCACCUUGGUAUCCAGAGCAAUAAGACUUAUGGGGCAAUAAGUUGAGCUCAUCACCUCAAACUACAAUUGGUUUGCCUGUUGUAAAGGAGGUUUAAAAAGUUUAGUUGGACGGACCAAAACCUGUGUUCAGGUUCUAACUUUUUACAUCUGAAAUAUCUUAAUUUUAAGGUAAAAUAGUCAACUGUCUAUAUGGGAAAUUGUUAAAAGGGUGAAAAUAAAUGUACUUUCAGAGGAAUCUGUUGGAGAAGCCUUUUUCCGCAAUAAUUCCAGGGCUCAGUAAUAUAUUACUGUGUACAGUUGGGUCGCCAUGGUUUCCCAUUGUCUUCUGUCCGUCAAUGAUGCAGCUGAUCCCUUUAGAUCCUUAUUUCCAGUCAGCUGUGGUGUCUCUUCUCUACUGACCUAUUUUCUUCUCUUCUGUCCUCUUCACUGACCUUAACUCUCUUUCUUUACUACGCAAAUGACUGAUUUUAUAGCCAGACUCUUCUACGCUGCAGUUAUUUGAUUAAAAUUAGAAUUCCUCAGUAGAGGAUCUCCGAUAAAAAUUAUAUUGAGCACUUCUGUAUUAUUGAUCACUCAGUGAACAUCUGCAAAGGGAUAUUUUUCAUUUUUCAGAAUGGAUAGAGCCUGUCCUGAGCUCCUGAUUGUGAUUGCCAGGUGGUUUGUUUUGCAUUUUACUUGCGGUUCCCUUCUGUCAUUGUUACAUGAUCGAUAUGAUUGUGAAACCCUGAGACCUCUAUCUCAAGUUACCUCAAUGACGUUAUAUUUACUUAACAAGCAGCUUACAAGUCUGUCAACUGAGAAAUAUUCUUAAAAAUGGACCCUCUCACAAUGUUCGAAUUUGAAAAUGAUGUACAGUMUAAUGUUGAAAAAAAGUGACGGAAUUCUUGGUGUUUUUCACCCUAACUAUUAUGUGAGUCAGUGUCAUUGACAAAUCUGUGUCCGUGUGUGCACAGUCUUUCCAACGAAAUCAACUCAAGAAGAUUCCAAGAUGCCGGACACAAUUAUGUCCAAGGAACCCUCUUCCAACCUGGAGAAUGCCAUGCAGAUGCUGAUCAAAACCUUCCACAAGUACUCAGGGAAGGAGGGUGACAAGUAUACUCUGAGCCGGGGAGAGCUGAGAGAGCUGCUAACAGAGGAGCUGGGGAGUUACCUAGGGAACGCCCGGGAUGGAGAAGGAGUUGAGAAGGUGAUGAACGACCUGGACGCCAACAGCGACGGUGAGGUGGACUUCACAGAGUUCAUCAUCCUGAUGGGAGCCCUGACAGUGGCUUGCAACGACUUUUUCAUGGAAUACAAGCCCGAGAAGCUUGUCCACACACCGUUUGAGAAAAAGGAGGCAACAGCGGAGAAGAAAGAGUGAAGGAAAAAAAUGGGAGGAGUGGGGCGGGACUGGGAGGAGGGAAGUGGGAGAUGGAUGGAAAGGGGCAGUGAACUGUGGAGCAACAGUGAAAGGGUACAAUAUAUGGUCAUCUUAUGCAAAUUUCUAAACAGUGCAAAUGAAAUGUGUGAAAAGAGGCUGAGGGAACUUCACUAAGUAAGGUUUGGCUGAUGGAAGAACAGUGUGUUCCAUCUGCAACUAUCCAAAUACUUUUCAUACCAUAGUUAAGUCACAGAUUCGGAGUCAGUUACUCUGUGUCCUCAAAUGCAUGAGUGGCACCGUAUACAGUAGGGGGUCGGCAACAGGCGUCCUGUGGCAUGCGAGUGAUUUUUUUUGCCACCCCCCGAACUUUUUGGUGAAAGAAAUAUUUUCUGGUGAUUUUAGUUUUUUCUGUAAAAUAACCAGGAAUUCAGCAAAAAUGUGUUUAUUUUAGAAAACCUGUUCAAGUAUUCACACAAAGUUUUUUUUGUUUUUUUUAAUAUGUGAUCACGUCUCAAUGUAAUCAAUGUAUGAAAUGAUUCAAAUACAAUCUCUUUUUGCGCUUAGUUGUAGUACAUUUGCAGUGUACAGAUUAUUAUAAUUAUGUUCCAGCCCUCUGAUCGACCCCCGGUUGAAUCUAGUAGCCUACCCCUGGUAUACAGGGUAGUAUGUGUGAGUUCAGUUGUGUUCUCUAUUCAGUCUCAAAUUCCAAAUCAACUGUUUAAAUGAUUUGGAUGCAUAUUCAGGAUGGAUUUAAUUGAAAAUAUGAAUUAUUUCAGUGGAUGUUAUUGUAACACACUACAACMAAUGGAGUAAGGUCGGGGCCUAAAGCAGAACAGGGUGAUACUCGGAGUGUCAUGAAUAUAAAGAUGAUAUCAAAGAUAACCUAUUCUAAAUAUUUAAGAUAUUUAUUAUGUACUCAGUGUUGAACAUAAUUUACAUUUCUUUGCACAUAUUUUGUAAUCUGUUUUUGGUAAUUACCAAUGUGUUCUUCCAAACAUUAAACAUGACAUUUAAUCA